CACAACACAAGGAAGCAGAAGAAAACGAAACGAAGAAAAACAGAGAAACUUCCCACUUUGUCUUCUUCAUUCCAAUCCAAACCCUAACUUUGUCCUAAUUUCCCCAAAUAUUCAUCAACCCUCAAUCUAAAUUUCAAUCUCCAAACCCCCAAUUUUGAAUUUCAUAACCUACUCUUUUUCUCAAUUCAAUGUUCCUGAACCAUUUCACUUGAAAAUAUCGGGAUUAAGUGAUUGAAGAAGAAGCCCUAAUUGGUGGGGCUUCCCUAAUUCUUUGUGAUUACAUCAAUGGGUUUUCCCCACAGAGGUAUUUUCAAUGGUAUAUGUGGUUUAAUUUUGUUAAUUUUCUUUUUCCGUUCACAAAGCGAUAUAUUUGAUAGUAAAUUAGGGAUUUUGCCCCCAAAUUUGGAUCUAGAAAAUGGGUUUCAUGGGGUUAUACAUAGGAAGAUGUUUGAAGUUGGGUCGAAUUCGUCUUCAAACAGUUCAUCCUCGAAUGAUUUGACAGUAAAGAGUCCAUCAUUGUGUUCAGGAAUUCAAAAACAUGAAGGUUUUGGGAGUGAAUGUGAGUUCUUGAAAGCACAUCCGUCGUGUACUUCUGGUGGUUAUUUCGAUUACAUUACAUUUUUCUACUGUGAUUGUCAGAAUUUUCAUGUGUUUGGAUGUAUGGUGCUUGCAUUAUGGCUUGGGGCAUUGUUUUAUCUGUUAGGUAAUACCGCAGCUGAUUACUUCUGUUGUUCAUUAGCUAAGUUGUCGAAGCUUUUGAAAUUGCCACCGACUGUUGCGGGUGUAACAUUGCUUCCGUUGGGUAAUGGUGCACCUGAUGUGUUUGCUAGUAUAGCUGCAUUUGUUGGGACUGAUGCUGGUGAAGUUGGGUUGAAUAGUGUGUUGGGCGGAGCUGUUUUUGUUACUUGUAUUGUUGUUGGGACGUUAUCACUUUGUGUUGCGGAGAAGAGGGUGAGGAUUGAUAGGAAGUGCUUUAUUAGAGAUAUAAGUUUCUUUUUGUUUACGCUUGUGUCAUUAUCUGUGAUUUUGAUUAUUGGGAAGAUUAGUGUUAUGGGUGCAAUUGCGUUUGUGUCGAUUUAUGUUGUUUAUGCAAUUGCUGUUGCUGCAAAUGAGUUCUUUAGGAAACAUGCGCCGAAGUUGAGAUUUGAUGUUGUGACUCCGUUGCUUCCUGUUAGAGGAAGUAUUUUUUCUCAUGGAAGUGAAGACGAAGAAUCUUUUUAUAGUCCGUUGCUUGAUGUGGAUCAUGAGAAUGAUUCCCCAGAACUGCAGAAUACAUUACCUCAAUGGAUGUGGGCAUCAAAUGUUGCUAUUUAUUCGAAUCACUCACUGAUGAAUGGUAUGGACGAAAGCUCGAGGCCAUUAUGGGGUUGGAUUGAUGAUGAGACACGUACAGACAGAAAGGCAAUGUCUUGCUCGGCUAAGGUAUUCACCCUGAUGGAGAUGCCCUUGACCCUCCCUAGACGGCUAACAAUUCCUAUUGUUGAGGAGGAACGGUGGUCGAAAGUUUUUGCUGUUGCUAGUGCUUCCUUGGCCCCAAUGCUUCUUGCAGUUUUAUGGAAUACACAAAAUAAUAUGAGCUCUGCAAGCAGAAUCAUUUCUUAUAUUAUAGGUUUUGUCCUUGGUGCUACACUUGGCAGUCUUGCAGUAUACUUCACACGGGCUGAUCAUCCACCUCGUAGGUUCUUAUUUCCUUGGGUAUUCGGAGGAUUCUUCAUGAGUAUCAUCUGGUUUUACAUUGUGGCUAAUGAACUUGUGGCGCUCUUGGUGGCAUUGGGGGUCAUUUUUGGAAUUAACCCGUCAAUCCUUGGAUUAACUGUACUUGCAUGGGGAAACUCUAUGGGUGAUUUGAUGUCAAAUGUUGCUCUGGCUAUUAACGGUGGGGAUGGAGUACAAAUCGCAAUGUCAGGAUGCUAUGCUGGGCCUAUGUUCAACACACUUAUGGGUUUGGGAAUCUCGUUGGUGAUCGGAGCCUGGUCAAGUAGUCCUGCGCCAUACAUGCUUCCAUGGGACAGUAGCUUGAUUUAUACAAUGGGAUUUCUCAUGUCAGGACUUAUCUGGGCACUAUUUGUUUUACUUCGGAACAGUAUGCAGCCUAACAAAAUGUUAGGAGUCGGUCUUAUGAUCAUCUACCUAACCUUUCUCACUAUUAGAGUGACCAGUGCUAUGGGUAUUGUAUCAUUAGCUGGCCUUAGAUGAUAUUUCCGUUGGCUAACAGUAAGAGGUAGAGUGAAUACAGAUAGUGUGUGGACAUGUACAACAGCUCUGAUCGGUCCUGGUUCUUACAUCUCAGUCAGGGUACCAACACUUGUAGCAUUGUUGUACUUAGACCUGAAUGUGAAUAUCAUGAGAUUGCAUCUGGCACCAUUAUGUACAGUUAACAAUGCAGGAGAGGUUCUCCUUGAUUAUAGUUCGUUUUUCAUGAUAAUCUGAAGGGACUUGUUCAUUUUA